AAUUUUCCGGCAAAACUCUCUCAGCCAAAGGAGAUUUCCACAAUCAAAUUGUUUGGCUAAGAACAUUUUCCUUAGUUCUCGUGGAUCUGUGCAAGAGAUCGGUUGUGGUCGUUACGUGGUCGGGAAGAAAGAAAGAAAGUGCACUUUAGGCGAUCGAAGAACAUUGAACCCUUUUCUUUUUGUUCUUGCGCCACACACGAGUGUGCGUUGUGACGGACCGAAGUCAAAAUGUGGCGGCCAAAUCAUCAAUGGUCCAUGGUGUUUAUUGUGUAGAACAGGAGGAAAAAUAAUAACGAAAAAUUAAAGAAAACCCAAUAACACGACGCUUUCCAAAAUAUAGAAAUUUAAAAAAAACAAGACGGUGCCAUACGUCACAAAUUUCAAACAGCCAAAUCGUAAUACGGCAAAAAUAUCAAUCCAUCAAUCUGCAGAUCGACAUAAUUUGUCAAACAAAUAUAUUACCAAACUCAACUGUGGCAGUAUUAGCUAACCGGACAUAAUGUCGAGCCGCCGUGCUCAUUCAAUGCCACCGCAUAUGCUUGAGCCCGCCAAACCGGAACGUGGACGAUGUGUCACUGCCAUCUGUUUUUCGUGGAAAGUCAUCACUUGUAUUGUGUCGCACGUGACACUGAUUUUGAUGGUGGUCUGCUAUUGUGUCGGUGGUGCCUAUUUGUUUCAACACUUGGAAGGCGAACACGAAGCUGAGGUCAAAACAGGCAUUCAUAAAAUGCGCAACAAUUUAACCGAAAUUAUUUGGACACACUCCGAGAAUCAAACAUUUCUCCAGGAAACCGAAUGGAAGACCUCGAUUGAAAGUAAACUGAUGAUUUUUGAAAAGCAAAUAUUGACAGCGAUGAAAAGUGAAGGAUGGGACGGUGAUGACAAUAUCAACACAACACAAUGGACAUUUGCUGGAUCAUUGUUUUAUUCGAUUAUUGUUAUUACAACAAUAGGUUAUGGCCACAUAUCGCCCCGAACCGAUUGGGGUAAGGUGACGACAAUAUUUUAUGCCAUUGUCGGUAUACCUUUGAUGCUGCUUUGUCUCUCAAAUAUUGGCGAUGUAAUGGCCUCAUCGUUUCGCUUUAUUUAUUGGCGUGUUUGCUGUUACAUUUGUACACGCAACUCUAAGAAAAAUCGCCGGGCUCGGCAACGUUCCAUACGCGCACCACGAUAUUCCUCCCGCUCGCAACCACCACCCUUUCGUAGAUCGAUGCGUAUGUCGCAGCGGCCCACACAGGCGGGAUUGCAACACGCCUACUCAGAUCCUGAACUAAGAACUGUGGGUCGCAAUGGUUAUGAACGUGAUUUUGACUAUGAACGCUAUCCAGAUCGUCGUACCGGCGGUGGGGGUGGUCGUCGUCGUGAUCAAAAUAUGAUGGCUGCACCACCACCACGACAUCCCUACGAUGAUGAUCAAAUGUUCGAUGAAUCUCCACCAUAUACACAAACUCUGAACAGACCUGGACGCUUUAGUGGCCGCCAAAGUCGCCGUGAUCGUAUGAGGGAUCGUCACACCGUCGAACGGGAACGACAUUUGAGUAGAUCAAAACAUAACUUUGAUUCGGUGGAGGAUUUUGAUGAUAUGCCACCCACAGCGAAGCGGGCAAUGAGUGUAAGGUCAAUGAGAUCACCCCAGAUGAGGCGGGAUGAAAUCUCGAGAGAAUCAAGAGAAUCGAAAGAGCUGAAUCGCCUAAAUUCCCAUCAAGCCAUGGUGCGUGGAAAAUCCAUGCCUCACCCAAAUGCCAGGACACGAGCAAAAUCCGUCGAUCCACGACUAUCGGCUCAACAUUACGAAGAUGUCGACGAGGAAGUGGUACGCAAAACACCCAUUAUAUCCAAUCGUUAUGCCAUUACCGAAAUGGAACACCGGGAAUCGCGCAGUAAAAGCUACAUGAGAAGUCAAUCAAUGCCACGCUCCGCGUUUCACAAAAACACUUUAAAUCAACCUCAGUCACCCACACAUCGUUCAUCGUCUAGACAUUUUAAUGACGACAUACCGAAUCACAUAAAUGUUGGCUCACCCAAUCGUCGAUCGAUGCCAAAUCCCACGGGACGUCGUGGCAGUUUUGGCAGACAAACCUCACUUGGUCCACUGCCAAGUAAUGGCCACUCUCGUUAUGGUAAUCACUUGGAAUUGCCAGAAUAUACCUCGCCGCAUAGAACGAAACGUGGUGUAUCGCCACGACGCCAUGAAAUCUACGAUGAAGAAUAUGAAGAUCAAUACCUUGAGGAUCCCGAUGAAUAUAUGCGUCUACAGCAUAUGGAGCGUAGGGAUCGUGGUGGUAGUGAAAGGAACUAUGAUGAUGUUGAAUAUCAACGAUCAUCUAUAAGAAAGGAGAGGAGACAGCGUAAGGAAAAGCAAGAACGUUUACCACCCUCACCAAGAAUUAUGUCUCCCAUGGGAUUUGCUGUCAAAAGACAAGUCCGAAGACGACCAAGUUAUGAUUACGAUGAAGACUCGAUGUAUGGCGAUGAUAUGAGUGAUUAUUAUGGUGAUAUACCGCCCAAAGAUCGUCCAGUGCCGAUAUGGCUAUGCGUUUUUCUAGUCAUUAGUUACAUAUUGGGAGGAGCUGCAUUGUUUGCCUUCUGGGAGAAAUGGUCAUUUUUGGAUUCGGCCUAUUUCUGUUUUAUCACACUAACAACAAUUGGUUUUGGUGAUUUUGUACCAGCCAAAGGUGUUAAAGAUGAAUCAGAACAGUCCAUAGCCUAUUGUUCAUUAUAUUUAUUAUUUGGUAUCGCUCUGCUGGCCAUGAGUUUCAAUUUGGUGCAAGAAGAAUUUAUAGCCAAUGUUAAAGAAGUCGCUCGACGUUUGGGCAUUUUAAAGGAUGAUGAUGACGAUGAUGACUAGUGGCCAUUAUGUAAUUGAUGUACAUGCAUUUUCAUUUAAUGUUAAAAAAUAUUAUUUAUUUAAAUACUAUUUAUUUUCAUACAAGAGAGGAGGGAGAAUAUAAACGAAAUACAAAUGCAUAUAUGAGUGAAAAAGGAACAUAUUACACAACACAUUUCAUUGCAUCAAUCAUGUAAAAUGGAUUAAAUUAAAAACUUGUAUGCCAAAUCUAUUUCUAUAUACAAGCUAUAUUAAAUUAGAAUAAUUAAAAUAUAUAA